AUGGCCGCCGUGGGCCCGCGGGCCGGGCCGGGCGCCGGGGCGGAGGCGCUGGCCCUGGCGGCCGAGCUGCAGGCCGAGGCCACAUGCGCCAUCUGCCUGGAGCUGUUCCGCGAGCCCGUGUCGCUCGAAUGCGGCCACAGCUUCUGCCGCGCCUGCAUCGCGCGCUGCGGGGAGCGCCGGGACUCCCGCGCCGCGCCCGCGCCGCCGCCGCCGUGUCCGCAGUGCCGCGAGCCCAUGCGCGCCGCCCAGCUCCGGCCUAACCGGCCGCUGGCCGCGGUGGCCGCGCUGCUGCGCCGCUUCGGGCCCGCCGGGUCGGGGAGCGCGGCCCCGGGGGGCCCCGGCGCGCCCGCCUGCACGCUGCACCGCGAGCCGCUCAAGCUCUUCUGCCAGGACGACGGGCGCGCCAUCUGCGUGGUGUGCGACCGCGCCCGCGACCACCGUGACCACGCCGUGUUGCCGCUGGACGAGGCCGUGCAGGAGGCCAAGGAGCUCCUGGAGACCAGGCUGAAGGCUUUGAAGAAGGAUCUGGAGGACUUUGAGGUGUUCCGUUCCACAGAAGAGAAAGAGAGCGCCGAGCUUUUGAAGCAGAUGACCGCUGAGCGGGAGAAGGUAGGGGCUGAGUUCCAGGCACUUCGGGCCUUCCUGGUGGAGCAGGAGGGCCGGCUGCUGAGCCGCCUGGAGGAGCUGUCCCGGGAGGUGACGCAAAAGCAAAAUGAGAACCUGGCCCAGCUUGGGGGCCAGAUCACCCACCUCGCAAAGCUCAGCAGCCAGCUACAGGAAACAGUCUGCAAGCCCGACCUCGACUUCCUCCAGGAUUUCAAAAACACACUCAACAGAUGUAGCAAUGUGCCUGCCCCCAAGCCCACCACAAUUGCUUCUGAAAUGAAAAGUAAAGUAUGGAAUGUCUCCCUCAAGACCUUUGUCCUCAAGGGACUAUUCAAGAAGUUUAAAGAAGAUCUUCGUGGAGAGCUGGAGAAAGAGGAGAAAGUGGAACUGACCUUGGACCCCGACACGGCCAAUCCCCGGCUCAUCCUCUCCCUGGAUCUCAAGAGCGUGCGCCUGGGCCAGCGCGCCCAGGACCUGCCCAGCCACCCGCGCCGUUUUGACACCAACACGCGUGUGCUGGCCUCCUGCGGCUUCACGGCGGGCCGCCAGCACUGGGAGGUGGAGGUGGGCGCCAAGGACGGCUGGGCCUUUGGGGUGGCCCGCGAAAGCGUGCGGCGCAAGGGCCUCACGCCCUUCACCCCGGAGGAGGGGGUCUGGGCACUGCAGCGCCACGGCGGCCAGUACUGGGCCGUGACCAGCCCCCAGCGGACGCCGCUCAGCUGCGGGCCCCUGUCCCGCGUGCGCGUGGCCCUGGAUCUCGAGGUGGGCGCCGUGUCCUUCUACGCUGCCGAAGACAUGCGCCACCUUUACACCUUCCGAGUCAACUUCCAGGAGCGCGUUUUCCCCCUGUUUUCCGUCUGCUCCACUGGAACCUACUUGCGGAUCUGGCCGUGAGUGUCUCCAGGCCUCCCAGA